AUGAUAACGCGACUCGUGCUCGACGGAGAUCUCAGUAGUGUCAAGGAUGACCCGGAGACUUUCGCGGAGUUCCAACAAGUGUUCAAGACGGCGUUGUUGCAGCUACUCGGGAUAGUGCAUCCCAUUGUCGUUAAUGGAAUCAUCGUGACACAAUCAACGGCGGCGAGCGCGCCCGAAAUAACAGUGGAGGAAGUGGCAACGACAACGCCGUUGCCGAGAAGGCUUCAAACUGAGGGUACGGUCAGCAGCUCGAUCAACUUCGAGGUUACUGUUGAGAGUGGUAUCACGACGGGAACGUUGGUCGAACGAGAAACUGCGACGGAGGCUGAGGCAGCUGUCGUUGUUGACAGCCUUGAGAGUGUCAACACUGACCCGGCGAAGCAGACCACGCUGAUGAACACACUCACCACUUCGUUGCCGAAUUUGCCACCGGUGGAGUAUUUGAGUCUUACGGACCCUCAAGAACGUGUAUCGAUGAACGAUUUGUGUGCAAUCAAAUCGCAGAGUGCGAGGUGCAUCUUCACGACGCCUCCCCCGAGCGCACUUUGUAAAGAUACACAGUUCAAGUGUGGCUCCGGGGAAUGCAUAGAGGAUGUUUUCUACUGUGAUGAAGUCAGAGAUUGUGCCGAUGGUUCGGACGAGACUCAACCAGAAUGUGUUGCACAACUUCAAGCAAGGGCAGAGAUGGAAUCAUCGACUGCAGCACAGACAUCGCUGGCGCCGGUGACUCUGGUUAAGGAUUGGCUCGGUGUUAUGUUUGCGGCACCUGUGAUGGUGAAGUGUAUCAAGUUUAUGCAACCCGUCGAUAAAGCUGUCUCGGAAGUGAAAAUGUUCGCCUGUGAUGAGAGUGAAGUAUUCCGGGAUGGCGCAGGAGUUGUACUCAGAAAACCUGAGACCAGUUGCAAGGCGAUGAAAGAAUUGUUCGAGAAAAUACUGCUAUAG